GAGAGAGAGAGAGAGAGAGAAGAGGAGAAACUUUCGCGUCGACGGAAUUUGAGUUUUCCGUUGGAAUCGUAAAUCCCGAAUCUACUUAGACGAGGGCGCGAGACGCGCGUCGUUUAAACUUGGCACGAGGCAUCGUAAGCGACAACGAAUACCACCGAACACGUUGGAGAUGAUUUCGUCCAGAGCAUUCGCCCGGAUCGAUCGCUACAUCGAUCGCUUCGAUCGCGACCGAACUAAGAACGCGACGUACAUUCGGAUAGCAACGACAACGAGGAGGAAACGCGGAAGAAGCACUAAUACGUAAGAACGGACGGACGAGGAAUCUACCGAGAUCUACCGAGUGAUCUACCGAGAGAUCGACCGAGAGAUCGAGGGACGGAUGGGUCGUCGACUAGUCACCACCCACAACUCGCCAGUGACUGAUUCCACCAUAGCCGUAUAAUGUGCCGCCGUGGUAUACCCCGGUAAGGACUAUCACUUCUCCCACCAGAGAGCGGAACAGCCACCGUAUAAAGCACGACUUUUAACCGGGAUGCCUUCGUCCCUCCUGGUGGUAGCAACGGAACGAACGCGCCUUCUCUCUCCGUAACGAUGACCCCUCCUCGCACACUUCUUUUCUUUUACGUAUUCCCCCGACUACCUUUUCUUUUUCUCCUACCCGACACGAUCCUACGAAAUUAUCGGCUCUACGUUUAUAGCGCUUUAACGUUCGGACGAAUCUAUCGACUAUCGCGAGUUCUUCUUCUUCUUCUUCUUCUUUCGCUUCGUCUUUCUUUUGGUUCGCGAUCUUUUUUUCUAUAUCCGUAUCGAAUAAAAACAAAAAUAUCAAUUUCACAACGUUGGAUGGUUUCUUGGUACUGAAGGUCAACCGAGUUUACCAGAUCGAAACGAUUCGGCCAGGUGUGGAAAAGUAUUUUCAAGAAAAAGGCCUGCUGCCACUAAGUCUCAUGAAAAACUGACCUCUUGUCAACAAGGAUAACCAGAAGAUAACAAGAAGUACAUUCGAUCGCAAGUUCUCUCACGUAUACCAAUAACAAUUUAUUAUUAAUAUAGCAGUAAUUUAAAGUUCUGUGAAAAGUGUAAAAUCCAGUGCUGCGAUUUUCCAUCCCGAAGGUGUUAAAAUUAUUUAGUACAUUAUUGAUACACAUUGUUAUUGCUUGAUACGAUGGAAGAUGAAAUUAUUACGUUAAUUCUUGAAAAUAAUCGCUUUGAAGUCGAUAAAAAAAGACUUAUUAACAAAAGUCAUUAUUUCCAUUGCCUUUUCUCUCCAAAUUUUUACGACUCGCAAAACAAAGAACAUAUUAUAAAUUAUGAUAUUACUUCAUCUAUGUUACAGAAUUUUAUUGAGUGGAUUCAUGACGAUGAAAGAGUAUUAAUUGAACUUUGUUAUUUCAUUAAAUCUUCAAUGGUGAAGUAUAAAACAGAUAAUUUUAUAGAUCUUUUAAAUUUAUUACAAUUGGCUGUACUUUUCAUGGCUGACGAUUUAAUAAGCGAUAUAACUGAUACUAUCAUAUUAUAUUGGUUGAAUCCGGAAAAGGUAAUUGAUGUCUGGUUAUUGGCACAAGAGUUGGCUAUAAGUUUAUUGACUGAUGUCUGUUUGUCAGUAUGCUUAGAUCGUUUUAUGGAUUUACCCAUUAAUUCUUUGAUCGAGCUACCUAUUAACAAUCUCAAACAGUUAAUUGAAAAUAUUAAUGUUAGGUCAACAACAAAAUAUUCGCAUUAUGUAUUGCACGAGUGGAUGGAUCAUAAUACAGCUUCUACAAUUAAUAAUAGUAUAAUAAAUAUACCAUUGACAAAGAAAUCUAAAUUUGUACAAUAUAUAAUUGGAUAUAAAUUAGAAAAUCUUAGUAAUAAGAAAGGAUAUAUUUAUUGUUGGGAUGGUAUACAGUUAUCUGAGUUAAUAGAACUAAAAUAUCUAAAAUGUUCUGGGAAGGAUCUGAUAGGUUCGCAAGUUACUGGCAGAGGAUUUAAUAUAUAUCUUGUUGGCGGAGAAUAUGGUUUAGGAACUGGUCAAUUUAAUCAAAUAAUUUGGCGAUAUUGCCUUAUAACUAAAAAAUGGUAUUAUUUUGGAAGACUUCCUAGCCCAAGAAGACAUAUGAUUGCUGGAUUUUUAAGUAAUUGUAUGAUUGUGGUGGGUGGUGUAGGACGUCAUCGUUUAAAACUAUCGUCAGUUGAUAUGUUUAAUAUACAUACAGGUAAAUGGGCAAAAACUGCAGAUGUACCUGAAUGUUUUACUGAAGUGCCACAUUAUAGUAUCAUGAAAAAAAAAUUAUUUUUAUUGAGAUCAUCUCUUUAUAUAUUCUAUCCUGAACUUGAAUCGUGGAAGACUAUUAUCUUAGAGAAUAUUCCUUUGCCUAUAGCACAUCAUUUUAUGGCAUAUGGACUCGUAAUAUUUAUGAUUAGAGAUAACGAUAUAGUUUUGUCCAGAAUUAGUAAUAUACAAGAAAAAAUAUGUGAUGAUUGCUUAAAAUUGUACAAAGAUCAUGCAAUGAUACAUACUAUGAGUAAUGUGUAUCCUUCAAUAGGUUUAUUCAUUCCUGGCAUAGGUUUUAUAUCGAUAUUAUCUAAAAAAUGUCAAUCAUGUAGUUAUUCAUAUCUAGAAACAGACAAUAGAACAAGAAAUAAUCCACAGGAACUAAUUUUAGAUCCUAGGCUAGGAAGUUUUGAUACAAUUGAUCCAAAAACAUUGUACGAGGUAUCCAUAUUAGGUAACUUGUAAUAUACUUUUUUAUUAUAAUUAAUACUUUAACACCAAUGUUAAGUUUAGCUUCAAUUAAAGUAGAUAAGAUAUGAGAAUUAUUUUGAAUAUAACAUUCAUUAUGAAGGAAUAUAAAAAGAUAGAAAGUUUUCUUAGAAAUAUUUGCAAAUAAAAAUAAAUGUUAAUAGUAUUUUUUAAUCAUAAGUUUUUUAUUUAUCAUAAAUUUUGUAAUGGAAGCAGUCUUCAAACAAGUAUAACACGACAGUGCGUUUAAUUAUAUGGAAUAAAGAAGUGUUUUGGCAAUGCCAUUACAAGUUAACGCAUUCCGAUAAAAUUAUUUCGUUGUUUAGGUGAAUAGAGGAUGCUGGCCAUUUUAUCGGAAUUAAUAACUCUUCCAGGCAUAUUGAUGUCAGACUGCCUCUACGCACCGUUGUGUACUUAAAAGUAUGCUAAAUCGUGUGUACAGCGAAGCUCAUAUUAGCGUAUAGGUUGCGCGUGCUAUUCGUGAUGUUUGACGCGUUUAUUUGUUUACGUUUAAACGACAAUUUAUGCGACAUGACAAGCACACAGAAAAAAAAAAACACAA